UACUGUCAGUCCAAAGAUUUCCAUCCAUGGCUACAUCCGCCUUCAGGUCCACCUCAAGGAGAGCCGCCGCCGCCGCCGACCCCAAACCGCAUCCGCGGCGGCGCUCCCACAGUGUCAGCGCUGUUUCUCGGAAAACUCACGCUCAACUUGAUACCGACACUCUGAGUUCCACCGAAUUUUCCAACAGCAGAGAUAACCCCCUUUUUUGGGUUCCAUCUCAUUCGCCGACGGGCGGUGAAGAUGGGGGGAGGACAGGCCAAGCUCUUUCCAGUAAUGCCAAGCAAUUGGCGGAUAGAGCUACCAGAAUCGCCAAUGGAAGUAGCAACUCCGAUAGAGAACGGCGAGGUCGUUCGAUCACGCGGAGUGGCAAUAACACGAACGGGAUCGGCCGCAGCCUCUCGAGAGUUCGAGGGCGGUCCGUGUCUAGAGAUCCUUGUACAAGAGCUCUCGAGAACAAAAAAGAGCAGGAUAUUCUCACAUCCACCAUGCAUACAAGCAGAAACACAAUAAAGAAGAAUAGUAAUGGGAUAAUCAGAACUAAUUCACAAAAUGCUGAAGCAUUUGUGGGUUCGGAAGAUGGUUCUAGUUGUUGUUGGCAAAUUCCAAAUUUGGAGGACGGGGUUUCAGUAAGUUCAUUAUCAGAAGAUGAAGAGAAAACUAUUAAACCUGUACCCGAAGAUUUCAAUUCAAUGGGGGAGAAAUGGGUUGGAGGUGUACCACCCAAUCAAAUAUAUGAAACUGUUCAAUCUGAAGUGAGACGAGCUAUAACAGAUAUACAAAAUGAUCUUGAGAGGGCUUUUCAAAGAAAUAAUGGCAGCACAGUUUCAGCUACAAAUGUUGCCAAUAUGCUUUCAGGUUUUGUGGAUUCUGAGGCUGUUGAUUUUGUCACGGACAUCAGGAGGGAGUAUGCCAUGAAACUAGAAGAGUCUGAAGAGCGUGCAAGAAAACUUAGAGCAGAUCUUGCCGUUGAAGAGCAUCGUGGGCAGGAGUUGGGUAGAAUGCUCAAGGAGAUAGUUCCCCAUCCCAACUCAUCUGGUAUGCAGAGGUCACGUCGAGGGAGAAGGACAAGCAAUGAGAGAAAGCGGAUGUCGAAAUGUCUCAGUGAAGAAGCCAUGGCAUAUUUUGAUGAGUGUGUGUCCUUGUCAACCUUUGAUAGUUCCGACUUCUCUGCACCAGAAGACCCACUCUGCACUUCAGCUGCAGGCACCUUACCAUUGGGGGCUUCGUCUCUAGUUAAAGAAAGCCCAAGUACCUCGUGUAGUUAUGAGCAUGGUACCGGCCCUCAUCUGGAUCAGCCAUGCGGGUUCUAUGAUUCUGGACAGACUUCCAACGGUGCUAGCUCCAUUCAAGGAUUCAGCGAGCCGUCCCAAUUCUCAUUCGCUCCCACUUCACGCCCAGAAAGCUCCGGUCCUCAACUAGAUAUCAAGAGUUGCAUCAAGAUCUUCGAGAGAGGAUCUUGCAAAGACAGCAGCUCCAAAGCCGUGCCAUCCCACUACGACGCAGGAGAGUACAAGGCAUACCAGCACAUGGAAAACAUCCACAUCGAGCGGGUAGUCAACAGCAGCAGAAUUCGAUCGGGCAGCUUGCUUCUCUGCAGCCCAUUGUUGCUCCCUUUUGCUUCUUCAGCACUGCUGUAGAAAUUGGAACGACAGUAAGCUUCAAGAUCAAGAACCUGUUUAUGGUUAGUUUCUCUCUCUUGAGCUGUGCAAUGGUAAGCAAAGAUUUUUUUGAAUUUAUAACACACACACACACAAAAACAUGUUUGUUAUGAAUUAUGAUUGUGAAAGUUGCAUGGAGAGAUGACAGUGAGUGGAUUGUCUUCUCUCUCUUGAAAAAUGCUGUAUGUAUUUGUCUGUUUGUUUGUUGGUCAGAAAAAUUGAAGUUGAAGAAGGUGUAUAUGCAUACAGGUAUAAUAUUUAAUGUAAUUGUUUUUUAGUGUUGUGUUA